CUCAAAAGUCAAAAUAGCGUCUAAAAAUCCCCCAUAAUCUGACUCAACAACCCCCAGUAAUCCCAUCUAAUCUUCAGUUGGCCCAUGUCUUUCAAUUCUCAGUCAGUUCUCAGUUGUUUUUCAAUUUUCACCUUCAAUCAUUUCCAUUUGAAUCCAAGAAUCUUUCACAUGUUUAUAUGAAAAGCUAAAAUACUUGAAAAAGAAGAAGUAAAUUUUCAAUCAGUAGUGAAUAGUGAUAAUGCUAAAAGCUAUACAGAUUCUUGGUUCAUCUUCAUCCGGGUUCGUUUCCCUUUCCUACAGAUUGAACAGGAAGCCUCAAGCAAAUUGUGACCUCUAUUUCUUAUCCAGAAAACCCAUAAUAGCAUCAAAUUUAUCGCCAUUUAGAUCAAAAACACAUUCUUUUGCUUUUCGGGUUCGCAAAGAUCGCAUCUUUAUUGCUGCACAGAUGUCCCACAAUCAUUCCGAGUCAAACCCAGAUGGUGCUUCAUCUUCUUCAUCACCUUCUUCCUCUACAUCCACAUUAGUUCAAUCAACUGGCAGUAUUCGUAAGAUCAAUUUCUGCCAGUCAUGUGGUAGCCGAACAAAGCAUGAGAUACCUGAUGGGGAGGAGAAGAUGAGGGCUAUUUGCACAUCAUGUGGGAAAAUUACUUAUGAGAACCCAAAAAUGGUUGUGGGCUGCCUCAUCGAGCAUGAAAACAAGAUACUAUUGUGCAAGCGGAAGAUUCAUCCAUCAUUUGGCCUUUGGACACUUCCUGCUGGUUACAUGGAGAUUGGGGAGUCGGCUGCCGAAGGAGCAAUUAGGGAAACUUGGGAGGAGGCAAAUGCAGAAGUAGAAGUUUUAUCACCAUUUGCUCAUUUGGACAUCCCUCUUAUAGGCCAAACAUACAUUAUUUUCUUGGCUAAGUUGAAAAGACCCCACUUUUCGCCGGGUCCAGAAUCAUCGGAAUGCCAGCUUUUUGCGCUUAAUGAUAUUCCUUUUGAUUCUUUGUCAUUUUCAUCAAUGCUAGUCACAUUACAACUGUACAUUGAAGAUACAAAAGUUGGAAGACCCUUGUUUCACUAUGGCAUCAUUAAUAAAAGGCCCGGUACAAGCCCUUCUGAGAUUCAUGCCUAUACUCUCGAUCAUCAUCUGAAAUCUUGACAUUUGAAGGAUGAUGCUGUCCGGUUCUACAAGGAAAUGAAGCAGAAUUUAGAGUAAAUUUACCAAAGAUACAAGAUCAAACCGUCUUACUCUUUACCUGUUGUUCAAGUUUGCUGCUCUGGUGCAAUCAAAUAAAGUUUCACUUCAUUUAUCUUCGUGCAACUUUUGUGAUUAAACUUUGUAUAGUAAUUUCAUUCUUCUGGUAAUGAAAGAGAAUCUGAGCUCUUUGUGCUUGAAAGUAUUACUCACAUUUAUCAUACAUCAUUACAGUCA